GACAACUUCCUCAAACAUGAAUCCCACUUACCUAUUUAACAGCCUAACUGCCCCCCAUAACUGCUUCUUAUUUCACUUCUUUUCUGUAUUUUUACCUUGUAAAGAAACACAUUGUUCCAAACAUGAAGUGGGGGAAAAAGAAACCUUCAUCUUCAUUGAUGACUCAUGUUUUUCCUGUUUCUUGGUUGUCAAAAUUCAAGCAAAAGAAGGUUUGUAGGAGUGAAGAUCAAGAAGGAGCAAAGACGAGGAAGGCGGAUUUGAGUUUGUAUGCUUCGCGGACGAAUGUUUGUUUGAAACAAGGAAGAUUUUAUGAUGAUGAUCCUUAUUGGAGGAUUUCUUUUAGUGAAGAAAAUCAUCCUCAGAAUCCAUUCUGGUGUGGUUCUUCUUAUGAUGAAUGUGAUCAAAAUUCAAAGAGUAGUUUGGGAGAAGAGAAUCACAAGUUCAAUGACAUGGUUUCGAGAAAGAUAAGUGAAAAGCCUAAGAAAGAAGCAGAAUUCAGCAACAGAAAGAGGAAUUCUGUUAAAGAUGAGAAGUUGAGGAAGCUUAGUAGAAAAGCUUUGGAGGAGAGAAUAGCGGAAAAUGCUAGAGAAGAAGUGACAGAGAAAGAUAUAUUUGAAAUAGAGCCUGAGGAUGAGAAGGUAAUGAAAAGGAGGAAGGGGAAACCAACAGCCUAUGAUUCAAGAAAGGCGCGGAGUUUGUCUUACAAUGAUUCCAGUCUGAAUUCAAUGGAAGAAAGCUGCAUGAUGUUUACAUCACUGAAUCUAGAGGAAGAAGCUGAUGCAUUGUCUGAAGAAGAAUUUGAAUCAGAAUGUCUGAAGAUCAAAGAAAUGUCAGAGAAAAGUGGUUGUCAGCAGAGAAAGUCAGUGUACAUAAACCAGAAGAGAAGAAGAAAACAUGGUAUUAAAGUCAGAGCAUAUUCACCAAGAACAGCCAAGAUGGAAUGCAGAAUCAAAGCUCUUGAAGACAUGAAGAAAGCAAGGAUGAAGACGAGAAACGAGACAAAGGAGAGUUUCACAGGAGACAGGACAGUUUUCGAUAGUUAUGCUAUUAUGAAGAGUUCAUUUGACCCUUUCAGCGACUUCAGAGACUCGAUGAUUGAGAUGAUCACACAGAGAGGGAUAAAAAGCUCAGAGGAGCUUGAAGAGUUAUUGGCUUGUUAUCUAACACUCAACUGUGAUGAAUACCAUGAUAUCAUUAUCAAAGUCUUUCGACAGGUAUGGUUUGAGCUAAACCAGAUCAAUAUUGGAGAAGAAUUACAGAAAUGUUGUUGUUCUGAUGAGUAAUAAUUGCUUUAGUUUGAAUUUCUAAAUCCAAAUGUAGAUAACUUGUAGGUACUACCCUCUGUUAAGAGUAUGUUAAUUGUUUUUCAAAUUAUUAUGUACUUAGAUACAGAAAUGAAGAAAGAAGCAAUUUAAAUUA